GCGGAGGGAGAGGGCAGCACGGGCUGAGUGAGUGCCGGGCCUCGCCGGCCGCUGGCCUGAAGCCGCGUGCGGGGAGCCGAGCGAAACGGAGCGCCGUGCGGGGCGGAGCGCUGCCGAACAGGCAGCUCGCGAGUCGGCGGGAAGCCUGGCUCCGUGCUGACGGCCCGGAGACCUGUUUCCUUAACGGUGGUGAAUAACUGUCAGAGUCUAGAAGAAAGAAGCAUAUUCAUCAGAUAUGGAGGAGGAUACAAAGCCUCUCUUGAUUCCUGUAGGAGGCGAUGAAAGUAAUUAUGGAAUCAUGAAUAUCCAGUUUAAUCCAGAAGAUUUUAAAUGCAAAAGACCAUUUCAUGUGGAGCCUACAAACAUAGUCAGCGCCAAUGAUGACAUGCAAAGAGUCUCUGACGAAGCUUCAGCAAUGAAUAAGCGGAUUCAUUACUAUAGCAGGCUCACAUCUCCUUCAGACAAGGCAUUGGUUGCUCCUGAUCACGUACUUCCAGCUCCUGAUGAAAUCUAUGUAUAUAGUCCGUUAGGAACUGCAUUUAAAGUUGACAGUUGCACAGAUGGCUAUGGUAAAAACUCCAGUAUAGUGACAAUAUUUGUGAUAUGGAAUACAAUGAUGGGCACGUCUAUAUUAAGUAUCCCAUGGGGAAUAAAGCAGGCAGGAUUUACUUCUGGAAUCAUUCUCAUCAUACUGAUGGGCAUUCUGACACUUUAUUGCUGUUACAGAGUUGUGAAAUCACGAAAAAUGAUACCUUUAACAGAUACCUCGAACUGGGAAUUCCCAGAUGUUUGCAAGUAUUAUUUUGGAUCUUUCGGUCAGUGGUCAAGCCUGUUAUUUUCUAUGGUAUCUCUUGUUGGAGCCAUGGUCGUUUAUUGGGUGCUUAUGUCCAACUUUCUGUUCAACACAGGAAAGUUUAUAUACAACUUUGUUCAUGAUAUCAAUGUAACAGAUAUUGUUCCAGGCACAAAUGGAAGUAACAAAGUCAUUUGUCCAAAUGCUGCUAGUGAUCACCCACCACAGAACCAGAGUAUGAUAUUCUCUUCUGGGAACAGUACAGGUUUUCAGCUCUUUGAGGAGUGGUGGAGCAAAUCACAAACAGUACCAUUUUACUUGAUUGCUGUUCUUCUACCCCUGCUAAACCUGAAGUCUCCAUCCUUCUUUGCAAAGUUUAAUGUCCUAGGUACGGUUUCAGUUAUCUACUUAGUUCUUCUGGUUACUGUAAAGGCUGCUCACCUGGGAAUUCACUUAGAAUUCAACUGGUUUACAGGGAAUGAAUUUUUUGUACCAGAAUUUAGAGUUCUGUUCCCUCAGCUCACAGGGGUUCUAACGCUUGCCUUCUUCAUUCACAAUUGUGUCAUCACUCUUCUUCAAAAUAACAAGAAUCAAGAAAACAACGUGAGAGACCUCUCCAUUGCUUACUUCCUGGUGGGAUUAACAUAUCUGUAUGUUGGAGUAAUAAUUUUUGCAUCUUUUCCUUCUCCACCACUAUCCAAAGAAUGUAUUGAACAGAAUUUUCUAGAUAACUUUCCCAGCAACGACAUCAUGUCUUUUAUUGCAAGAAUAUUUCUGCUGUUCCAGAUGAUUACUGUAUACCCACUGUUGGGCUAUCUGGCACGGGUCCAGCUAUUAAGACAGGUUUUUGGAAACGCUUACCCAAGUGUUUUCCAUGUGCUUGCUCUGAACGUAGCAAUUGUAGGAGCUGGAGUAGCAAUGGCAAGAUUUUAUCCAAAUAUUGGAGGUAUCAUAAGAUACUCUGGAGCAACGUGUGGUCUGGCCUUUGUCUUUGUGUAUCCAUCACUCAUCUACGUGAUCUCCAUGCAUCGUGCUGGGCAGCUGACGUGGCCAGCGUUGAUCAUUCACAUCUUUAUAAUCCUCCUUGGACUGGCUAAUCUGAUUGCACAAUUUCUAUUCUGAAAAUCCCUUUCUCCCUGUGGCUGUCACGAGUGAUACUGUGACAUUUGGCCACAGCCUUGAGCAACAUUAUCACACUUGAUAAUGCAAUCAUCUUGAGAAAAGCUGCACCUUUGAAAUGAAUUCAAAACACAUCUUACAGGCACUUGAAAGAAAACCUGCUUUGUUCCACUAAAAACACAAUUUUGAGAUUAGUGAAAUACUUCAAAUAUGAUUGGGGUAGUUCGGUUGCUGUUGAAUAUACAUCAAGGGUUAAUGAUGCUCAGAUAUUUUAAUUUUUUAGAGCUAACUUCUCAAAACACUCAGCUUGCAGCCUUAAGCUGUAGAACUCCUCUUUCUUUUGAAAGAACUGUCCUUACCUUUAAUCUGAACGUGUUUCUGUGGUAUUGUUCACUAGCUGUUUGAAAUGUUCUUUUGUUGCGAUUGUUUUACUGUUUUGUUUGGAAAAUGAAGAAAUCAUUUUCUUCCCUUUUUUUCUUUUAUUUUUUACUUUUUUAAAGUUAAUUUAUUGUCAUUUGGGUCAAAAUGCGCUGUUAAUUUUGAAUAUGCUAUUAAAUUGUUUUGGCAGCAUUCUUCCUGUAAAAAAUUCCAACUACAAGAAACAAUAAACUCUUAUCCCAGUGUUUUAUUCAGAACCAAUAUGUACACAAGCUAUUUGUGAUCUUAAAAUGAAAAACAUCAGGGGGUUGAAAAAAAAAUAAAACAAGACUCAAUUAAAAUCAGAAUUCCAGGCUUGACCUCACUUCAACUCUUUUAACUAAGUGAAGUUGUCUUGUCAGGAGUUAUUAUGUAGUUCUGUGGGUGCAAGAUGCUUUACAGGCUUGAUGUUUCAGACCUGAGCAGAGACAUUACAGGCAAAGCUGGCAUACUUUCACACUGUGCAUUAAAGGAAGUAAUUUCUGUUUUAGCUGAUUCUUAAAAGAAACUGGAAGAAUAUGGGAAAGGUGGUGGUGUUUCGUUGUUCUUGUUACUAUUGAUUUUGUUUUUAACUUCUUGUUUACCAACUGAGAGAGUGUGCAUGUGUAUGUAUACAACUUCCUUUGCCUGAGGAUCUGAGCCCUAACCUAAAAUAUGUGUUUACAGCAUUACCUAGAUAAUCUGCCAUAUUUCUCUAAGGAAUAAUUCUGUGAAUUUUUUUUGUGUGAGUUUUUGUAGUGAUGAUGCAGUUCCAUUUGUCUAUCAUGGACUUUUUAAACUUUGCAAAAGACACUGUCUUCCAUAAGUGACCUUUGCCUUGUAUGAAAUACACAUAAUUAUUUCAGAUUCUCUUGUUUUUGUUUGUUGGAACUUUUUGUGCCUUUAAAUCAAAAUUGAAGAGUACACCCACCAUCUGUUCUGUAUGGAAAAUAUUUACACCAUCCUGGUUAUCUUCCUUGCUUAUUCUUCUUGUCCAGUGCAUGGUUUCCCUAUUGCCUAUGGCCUAUCAGUCCACCCUUUUCACUGCCUCACAGUGAGUAUGUCUGAUGCUGCUGACACCAUUAGUGCUGGCCUACACAUUUGCUCUGCAGGAACUGGGUCUGACCUCUUCCAUAAAAUUGCAGUUAAGCUUCUUACUUGAAUGUCUAUGCAGUCAUCACUGUAUGUUACUGGGUAGUGUGUUUCUUCAGUGUUCUCACUAGUCUAUUUCACAAAUUAAACCUUCUUUUUUUUUCCUACCCAAUAAACUGCCCUUCUGACUAAUUUUGCACAUUUACAGUUCCUCAACAUUAAUGAUGCUAAACCUCCAAAUUUAUUUGGGAUAGAAGAGAACUUGAACACCAAAAUGAGAGUGAAAAAAAAAAAGUAAAAUCUCAAGCAUUGUUGGCCUGAUUCACAUGAAGCUCAGCUACUUAUAUAUUUUAGAUACAGUGCUUCAUCUCAGUACAAACCUGGAUGACUGCAGCUAUUCCAACUGGUUAUAUUCUUCCAUGUUUUAUUCAGAUUUGAGAUUCAGAACUCCAUGAGUUAAAUCUUUGCUGUUUAGGCUAGUAGUAAAUGUUCCUUGAUGUCAUCAAAAUUGAUUUCCAGUGUGAUGUAGUAGGUCAGCAGAAAUUCCCAAGUAAGACAGAGUUCAUGUUGAUACAUCUUAAUUGUAUCUUCUGUUUAUCUCUUUUUUUCAAGUGAGCAAAAUACAAUCAUCUAAUUUGAUUAAAAUUUAGACGGAAAUAAUCUGUAUCUUCCUGAAAGCCUGCUUUAGAUCUGGAUUGCACAGAGGUUCUUGAUGCACUUUAGCACCUUAAAUUUUAAGUUGAUAAGAAUUGAAGUGAUAGGAAAUAAUUUUAUUAGGCUAUCUCAAGUGAAAUGAAUCACAGAAUCGUAGAGGUUGGAAGGGACCUCCAGAGAUCAUCGAGUCCAACCCCCCUGCCAAAGCAGGUUCCCUACAGCAGGUCGCACAAGCAGGUGUCCAGGCAGGUCUUGAACAUCUCCAGAGAAGGAGACUCCACCACCUAAAACGCAUUUUAUUAUGAAAAGUAUAUAUAUUUUUCAUUUUAUUACAUGCAAUCAGAAUAUUCACAAGCAUCAGAAUCAAUUUGGGAGUAAGCAGAACAAAGUUUUGAUUUUUUUUUCCUUUGGUAGUAACCAAGGUCGUAAGUUGGAAAGUAAUUUUUUAAAAUUUAAAGGCAAGUUUAGUUGCCUGAGAAGAAGAAGCAGAUAUAGAUUGCAGUGUCUCUCUUCAUGCAGGCACAGAAAGCAGCAGACUUCAUCCUGCUUGCCUAUGUGACCUGAAGUGAUGGCCAGCUAAUUCCAGUUCCUUAUAUUUUCU